UUUCCCUCCAUCACACACAAAUACACACACACACAAAGACAUAGGCGACUGUGGAUGCUUUGCUGGAUGGAGAAGACAACAUGUAAGGCAACAUGAAGGACGGGUGCUCAGUUCCGGGAGGAUCCCAGCAGGUGCGGUAGUGUGAGGCUGCUCUCAGAUCAGCUGCUGCUCCACCAUGUCCACUGCAUCCGAUCAACUCACUGGCGACACGGCUGUGUUGAUCAUGAACCCUACUGAAUGGCACUGAAGUUCCUUUAAGAUGACACGAACUCAUCCUCCUGAUAUACUGGCAUCAACGUUAUAUCGGGACAUUACUCUUAAUCCCAUCGCUGACCACUCCAUUUCUCUCCACUCCUCCCAGCAAUGUGACUUGAAAAUGAUUGAUAAACCAGAAAUCAUCAAUAAAAGACACUGCCGUAGCUUUGACUUCAUUGAGUCUCUAGAUGAUCCUCAGUCCUUCUCUUCUUCAAUGGAGUAUCCUUACAAGAGAGCUGAAACUCAGACAUUAAAUAAAGAUCUAAUGUGGAAUGGCCUGGAUCAACCGGGACAUCUUCGCUUUUCAUCUCCUGAUUUGUUUAACACCAGGCAGUUUCAGCAGCACACCCAAGACAAAAGCAGCCAUCUAACGUGGUCUGAUUCUAAAAAGAGAACGAGAUCUAAAAGUGCUCCUAGAAUCAAGGCCACCCUCACUCCUGUGCCCAUCUCAGUAUCUCCUCCAGGAGCCAGGAAAGGGAGGGAUGCACCUCAGGCGGCAUCGGAUACUUUGAGAACUUCUGACACAAGUAGAGAGACAUAUUCUUCUAACAGGGCUUUUCUAAAUGAGGUACACCCUAUAAAGCUACAACCUCACUCUCCCCUCUACGUCUCAGACUGUUUUGAGGAGGAUAAACCAGAUAAACCAGCCAUAACUCCACAUGUCAGAUGUCGUGUUGACAUUAAACCAGAUGCUGCUGUACUCCAGCACACAUCAAGGCAGGUUCCCAAUGUACGGACUGAGCAUCUUUGGCAGAGAUAUUCCCAGGCCAGUAGCAGUAGAGGUUUGUAUGUACCACGACAGAUUGUCUCCUCACCAACGCCCACUCCGAGCGAAUGCUACAGUGGAGAUUUUAGACAAGGAUACCACUAUACCACCAGCAUGUCUCCCAUUUCAUACCAGCAUCUUGACAUGCACAGAAUGCCCUCACCAACAGCACCAUAUCUGAGUCAAGAACAAAGAGCUUACUCAAAUCCUAACAUACCAACUAAGUUUUUCUACACAGAGGACCCUGUUCGGUAUUCGGUCCAUCCCUUCUCUAGAGCAUACUACCAGGAUGAUCGGUCCAGUCUAACCAGCCAUGGCAGUACUAUGACUAGUCAGUAUGACCCAAGGACUCGUUGGGUGCACACCCUUCCUGUGAGGUCGUAUUACACUGACCAUCUUUCUAAUCGAGAGCCAGCACAUUCUGUAUAUAGCAGACCUUACUCAACAAGUGAGGCAGGGUCAUACAUUUCUCAAACACCGCUGUCCAGAUCUUAUUAUGGUGAGGACAGUCGCUUCAAUCCAUACCAUCUGAACAACUCAAGGUUGUUUUAUUCCAAGCCGUUCAACUCUCCUGAGGAGCAGUACAUUCCAACAAGGUUAUACCAUACAGAAGGCCGUCGUCGCCCUCGAAUGUCCCAAGCUUUCUCUGAUGACUGGUAUCGCUCAAGUAUAUCUGGUUACUCUAACCAGUCAUCCCAGCAUACGCCACCAAGAGUAAGACCAGAUACUACUAUGCCCCCGUGGUUCACUAAUAGCUGUGUGGAGACAAGUAGGUUAGGAGCUGAGGCGAAAAACCACUCCAAGUCUUGGGACAAUAUUCUGUAUCCCCGGCAUGACAGAGAGCAGUCUGUUCCUCGUGGACGUAGCUACGAGAACUUGUUUUACCAAGCGAGGCAUGGAGCAUCUGCUGAUAUUACAUCCCAACCAGUUAUACUGAAUCUCUCAAGUUCACCAAGACGCUAUGCUGCGCUUUCACUCUCCGAGAACUCAUUAGAGAGGGGAUCAAACAGUCCAUGGAGGAACACCAAGAGUGGCCACUGGUUUGUAACUCCUGAGAUCACAAUAACAGAUAAUGACUUAUGUGCAGGUAAUAACAAGAGGCGUGAGGUGCACUCAGUCAGCUGGGAUAUGCUGGACAGCGAAAAGACACCAUCUCCAGGGGUGAUGCAUGAGAGACAGCCAUCCGACACAACAGACAUUACCAAAGACAGGAAACAUAACAACUUCUCCCUUCAGCAAAGUCUUGAACAGUUGGAUGAGUUACUAGCUGACCUGGUGGUUGACUACAAACCACCAACAACUAUCAGAAAACCAAGUGAGAACCUUUUGGACCAACUAAAACAGCUUAUUACCGAAGAUGAUGAAAAAGAGAGAGGGUUGUCUGGACUGGAUAACCUGCAGUCUUUGAGCACACAGCAAAUCCCAUCCAGCAAAUCUAGUCCAGACACAAUCAAAGACCCUGAUAGUGGGUGUGAUGCAUUACAAAGGAGUGCUGAAGAGUGCUCUCCAGACCAUAGCACAGAUGAAGAUGACAGCAUGGUAUGUGCUAACAAGAAGUGCAACAGGAUGGAGACUAUGUUCAAUGCUUGCUUAUACUUCAAAUCAUGUCACAGUUGCUACACCUUUUACUGCUCACGAAACUGUCGCAGGGAUGACUGGGAAACCCAUAAAGAGACCUGUCUCUAUGGCCGUGUCAGCAGUGUGUGUCGACACACACUCAAGUUUUGCAGAGAGAAUUCAGAGAUCCAUAAAGCCUUCUCUCGUGUUGCUAAAGCUGGCUACCUCUCCAGAGGGAGAGGCGUUCUCUUUCUGGGCUUUGCUAAUCCAGAGACAGCUGACAACUUCUUGCAGGUUGGGCUGGAGAGUCUCCUCAUGUCUCCCACAUACUUAUCUCUCAGAGAGCUAGAUGGCUUCAAAGACAAUCUAGGUGAAUACUGCAAGGAACUGCAGCAUGCAGGUAAUGAAUAUGACCCCAAUGAAUGUUUCCUUUUGAAUGUAUCCAUAGCUGUUGGUGAACUAGUGCCUAACAGACCUUCACCAAGGGUCCAAACACCAACGGUACGAAAAUAUGCAAAGGUGUCCUUGGCCUCCUCCAGCCCUGACAAAAAGGUACUCAAGAAGGAUAAUGAAAUGGAAACUCUCAUCCUCACUCCCCCACCAGGCACACCAGACAUUGACAAGGAGGGGGAGGAGGGAAGAAAAGCAAGAGAGGUGUGCUUUGUCAAUAUCCAACGUGAGCUCAGGACAAGGGGAGUCUUCCUUCGUCACGAGUACCCCAACAUCUAUAAUCAGCUGUGUGAGUUUGUGGAGAGCAACAAAAGAUUCACACCAACUACUAUUUACCCAAUAGAUAAGAGAACAGGGAAACAGUUCAUGUGCAUGAUCAUGGCUGCAUCAGAGCCAAGGACACUGGACUGGGUGGGCACCCCUCAUCUCUUGGAUGAUAUUAUAUAGUAUAGCAUUAAAAUGUAACAAUAAUGAUGUCAGCUACGCUAUCUGUAUAUACUGUAAAUGUAAAUACAUGAGGUGAUCUAGAAAAUUGAAAAUUAUUAUAGAAAUAUGUGACCAAUCUCUCACUCUCUCUUUUCUCACUCUCUAUCUGUGUCUCUUUUCUUUCUCCUUCUAUUUACACAGACACACACAAACCUCCAAACAGACACAUAAACAGUAUAUACAGACUUUGACAAGUUCCCCUUUGUUGUUUUUGGCUUGUUUUGAUCCUGUUGCUCUCUGAUGAGUGGAUAACAUGCAUGUAGAUUAGGCACAAACCCAGUUAUCCAGGUGUUUAAGAUGUCAACAUGUAUGAUCUGUGCAGUUUCUGCAGCAGUGUAUAAAGCACACAAUAUUUAUGAUGUACACAUCUCAAUGCCACCACAGAAAAAUAGGCACAGUCAAAUUUCAUCAGUCAACCACUUUUGCUUUCUAUUUCAGAAAUGUAUAUUAUAUGUACGUUGUCACCGUGGUUGUACUAUUACAACUGUUUAUUAGUCCUUAGGUAUAUUCUAGUUGUGUAGGUAUUUUUUUUAAUUAUUAUUGCUAUAUUAGUUAUUGUUUGAUAGUCAAGAAGUACAAUAAAAACACUCUUUUCCCAUUUCAUCAGGAAUUUUAGUUGGAACAUGUUUCAUCUUGUAAUAAGACUUGAUGUCAUUAUCGUGCAAAUUGCUUUGUUUGAAAGUGGCCUUCUGUCCAAAAAAAAAAAAAAAAAAAAAAGCAUUUGACACAAAGCAAUGUAUAGGUUUAGCUAUUUCUAAAGGCUUGACAGCUCUUGACUUAGGUUGUUUUACCUACCAUUGUAAAUGAACAAUUAUUUUGCUCAAAGCAUGUUAUUUAUAUUCAGGUAUUUUAAUAUUGAUAUUGCUUAUAAUUAAAAUGAUUAUGUUGAUGAGAUACCAUUUGAUGCUUAGAAUUGUAAGAGAUAUAUUAUAAAUAUAAAUAUAUAUAUAUUGAAUAUUAGACCAUUUGACCAUGAGACCUUAUUGUAAGUAAUACCAUAGUAUGUUCUUAAAGAAUAUGCAAUAAAAGAGCAACCUUAAAAUAUAGAUAUAUAUUGAAGAAUCCUAUUUUAUUAUUAAUAUUGAAUUUUUCCUUGGAGCCAAGAGCUGCAAAGACUUUGUUUGCACUAAAAUAUAAAUUAUAGAAUAAGAAUGUUCCUAACAUAGCUGCAGCACUGAUCCCAGAUGUGAUGAUAUGCCUGCUUCCAUUUCCAUUGUUGACUAAUCUAAGGUUGCUCUUUUACUUGAUCAAAUAUCUUUGUGCAAGACCUUCCUUAACUUUCUAUUUUGUGAUGUUUAUAACCUACCUAUAAAUAUAUAAUAAAUGGAAUUUAAUGAGUAACCUAA